CUCCUGGACCCUCCAACUGCAGCCUGCAGGUACUUAUACCUUCAAGUUGCCCGAAUAUUACAGGAGCCUGAUCAGCGACGAAGCCCAGCAGCAGGAAGCUUUGAAUAGAAGACCGCCAUGUUUUGGAACGGUAUUCGACCCAAGAAGUCGCAGCGACUCUUACAGAGCGUAGUAAUAGUAAUCUUUCUCUGUGCUACCGUUAUCUGGCUCUGGUUAACUUCGACACCGGUCUCGGGACCUAAGAGCGCUGCCUGGACUGUCGCAGCACACAUACUGGAUACCCUGGAUGCCGUCGUAGAUGACUAUGUACGCUCCCAAUCCAUGCAAGCGGGAGAGAGCUUCUCGGGACGCCUCCUUGAACAAGACGCAGCUGCUCAAGAACUUCUACUAUGUUUCUCUGGCCUCUCUCAACUCCAUUCACGCUCUUUGUCACAUAACGCUAUUAACACGCUGUCAACAGUGUUCCCUUCAAAUGACGCUCAGAUCCACAAGUUCUCUGGUUCUCACGUCAAGCCCAUCUCGUGUCUGUGCUCUUCCCUUGCAGGAAAGAGACUGACAAUGGUAGGCGGCGAGCAUGUGUACCGCUUCCACAACGUCCUCCUCGACCACCGGAAGAGGUUCGAAGGAAAACGGUUCUCAUGCCUCGGGAAGGAGUUCUGUACCCACCAUCAUCUAUGUCUACGGGCCGCGAGAAACAAUCCUGUUUUUAAAGAGGAACCUACACGCUAUAUCCGUUCGCCAUCCGUCGAAAAGCUCGUGCAAACUGGUUCAUCGCUGGUUAAUUACGUCUUGUCCGACACCCUUCUUGCCUUGCCCGAUCCACAAGCGCCAGAGUAUUCUGUCCCAUACAUUCAUGCCUUCAGCAGAAUAAGAUCCCGCGAAACGUACUGGCUAGCUUCAGCCAGGAAAGCAGACAUCCUUAUCCUCGGAAGGGGGCCGUUUAGCGCACCGCCCUUGACGUAUACAGGGAACUGGUCAUUCCUUUCAGAUAUUUCAUCUUACACGGGGAGUUAUCAUGCGAAGAUGCCUUCAUCAAUACCAAACUUCCUUCAGAUCGUUGAUGCCGCAGUAUAUGCUACUCUAUCAGUGUUUCUCCCUGAGAUCCAGCGGACGCUAGACGCUCUCCGCGCCAACGGUUGCUUCAACAGGAAAAAGAAAGUCAUUUGGUUGGUCAGCCAGCCACAAAUUCCUGGGUACAGCCGCGGUCAGAAAAACGCCCUCCUUCGGACCCAUCUCCCGCCCAGUGGAGAGGAUGAGCCAUCGCCGAGCAACUUGAAAGCAGUUCUCCUUCGCCACCUUGCAGUGCUAUCGACCGAUGAGCGCCUAGAAAACCCCUGGACACUUUACUAUAACGUUCAAGUCUACUUGCAAUACCAUCUCCUUCGACAAGUUCUGCCACGCUUUGGAGUUGCCCUCUUGCAGUUAGAGACACGUCUUGUUGACGCUGGUUCUGAUGUCGCCGAACUUUAGCCACCAUAUCAAGGUUUUCACACUUAACUGGUGCAACUUUUCUUCCAGAAUACGAUGACAAUAGUAGAAAAAGAAACGCAGAUAUUUAUUAGAUCUGAUUCGCAUUCCCGGGUCUCAUGAGAGCAUGUUCAGCUUAAUUCGUGAAAAUGGUG